AUGGAGGUAAAAUCAUUCCGCCGAAUUGGAUUUCUAUACGCGACUGUGUGCUUUUUGCUAUCGACCGUUGGUGCCAUAUAUUUCUUCCGAAUUCUGGUUGAAAAUGAACCGAUCUGCGCGGACAUUUUCUGUGGGCAUGGAAUCUCUAAUGCAGUCAACAUGGUUUUGUGUGCAAUCUCGAUAUCGCUUUCCCUGUUUGUUAAAGCUGGAAUUGAUGAGGGAAUACCGGGGUACAUUCAAGUUAGCCGAGUAUUUAUGGUUACUCGUAGCGUGAUCUUGAUAUUACGUUCAACAUACGAAACCGUUAUGCUGAUGGUAUGCCAAAUCAAUGGAGACGAUAAUUUCUACACUGUAAGAGAUGAAAUUAAAGCCACUGUGCUCCUCAUAAUUAUGUCAGUUAUUUGCGGUUUGGAGUUGUGGAUUUUGGAUGGUGUACAGCGUUACGUGGUCCAGAAGUCACGAGAGGAUAGACAUGAUGAAGAGGGGUAUUGAAGAGAUAUUAACAAACAAACAAAGGCUGUGUUCCUGGUCUAUUAUAGAUUUUACAAUAUUUUUAUUCUGGUCUGCCUUACAUGACCGUUUGAAUCUGUGAUAAAACUCAACUGUAAAUGUAAUAUAAUGUUAUAUGUAACAUGUAAUCGCAGACAUAGAAUCAACAAUUAUU